AUGGACGUGGAGUACGACGUGAUCGUGCUGGGCACGGGGCUCAAGGAGUGCAUCCUCAGCGGCCUCCUCUCCGUCGACCGCCUCAAGGUGUUGCACAUGGACAGGAAUGACUACUACGGUGGAGACUCCACAUCGCUCAAUCUCAAUCAGCUCUGGAAACGGUUCAAGGGUGAAGAAACACCCCCUGCGCACAUAGGAGCUAGCAGAGACUACAAUGUCGAUAUGGUUCCAAAGUUUAUGAUGGCAAAUGGUGCUUUGGUCCGUGUCCUCAUUCAUACUGGUGUAACCAAGUACAUGUCCUUCAAAGCUGUGGAUGGAAGCUAUGUUUUCAACAAGGGAAAGAUCCACAAGGUUCCUUCUACUGAUAUGGAAGCUCUCAAGUCUCCACUGAUGGGAUUAUUUGAGAAGCGAAGAGCUGGGAAAUUCUUCCUUUAUCUCCAAGAUUACAAGGAAGAUGACCGAAGUACUCAUAAGGGUUAUGACCUUACUAAACUAACGACAAAAGAACUCAUCUCAAAAUAUGGUUUGGACGAUAACACGAUAGACUUCAUUGGGCAUGCAGUGGCUCUUCAUAGAGAUGAUAGCUACUUGACAGAACCUGCAAUUGACACUGUAAAGCGGAUGAAGCUUUAUGCAGAAUCAGUGGCUCGCUUUCAAGGAGGAUCACCAUAUAUUUAUCCCUUGUAUGGUUUAGGAGAGCUGCCACAGGGUUUUGCAAGACUUAGUGCUGUCUAUGGUGGGACCUACAUGUUGAGUAAGCCAGAGUGCAAGGUCGAAUUUGAUAGUGAAGGCAAAGUUUGUGGUGUUACGUCUGAAGGGGAGACUGCAAAAUGCAAAAAGGUUGUCUGUGAUCCUUCCUACCUACCUGACAAGGUUAAAAAAGUUGGAAAAGUUUUUCGGGCAAUUGCUAUCAUGAGCCAUCCCAUCCCAAAUACUGCUGAAUCUCACUCAGUACAGAUCAUAUUGCCACAGAAGCAACUUGGCCGCAGAUCAGACAUGUACGUUUUCUGUUGCUCCUACUCUCAUAAUGUUGCAUCAAAAGGCAAAUUCAUCGCAUUCGUGUCAGCACAAGCAGAAACUGACAAUCCAGAGAAGGAACUAAGGCCUGGGAUCGAUCUUCUUGGGACAGUAGAUGAGUUAUUUAUCGACACAUAUGACAGAUAUGAACCUAGCAAUGACUCAUCAGCAGACAAUUGUUUCAUCUCAACGAGUUAUGAUGCCACAACACACUUUGAGUCCACUGUUAUGGAUGUACUUUCCCUUUACACAAAGAUCACCGGAAAGACUGUUGAUCUCAGCGUGGAUCUAAGUGCUGCAAGUGCUGCUGAAGAUGAUAUCUGA